AUAGCACAGUGUCCAACCUUGCUGUCCAUUGCCAUUUGGGUUUGGCUCCUGCUCUUGUUCUUGGAUAGCAGCCAGCAGAACAUGUCUCAGUACUCAGGAAAAAUCACUUUUUACGAAGGCAAAUGCUUCACAGGCAGAAAGCUGGAGGUCUGUGGCAGCUGCAGCAGCUUCCAGGACCGAGGUUUCCUCAACCGAGUCAACUCCAUCUGCGUCCAGAGUGGGGCUUGGGUCUGCUUCGAUCACCCUGACUUCCGAGGGCAGCAGUAUGUCUUGGAGCACGGCGAGUACCCAGAGUUCUACCACUGGAAUGGCCGCAGCGACCAUCUGGGCUCCUGCCGGCCCGUCGGGAUGCAUGGUGAGAAUUACAGGAUUGAAAUAUUUGAGGGGAGCCAUUUUAGUGGUCCCAGCCUGGAGCUGACAGAAGAUUGCUCCUUCCUGCAGGGACAAGGCUGGGACAAGACCUGCAUCAAUGCCCUCAAAGUGUACGGCGACGGCGCGUGGGUGCUGUACGAGGAGCCCAACUACCGAGGCCGCAUGUACGUGGUGGAGCGAGGGGACUUCAGCAGCUUCAAUGCGUGGCAGGCGCGCAGUGCGAGUGUCCAGUCCAUCAGGAGAGUUGUCAACUAGCUCUAGCUGAGCUAACAUCCUGCUAGCCAUGGCCUGCUGAGUGCAGGUAUCAUCCUCCUCCCCCCUCAUUGACUGCUGGAAUAAAUUG